AUGACUAGCAAAGCUGCCUUUUCAGAUUGUGUGGCAGCAACAGACUUCCACAUGCACUGCACCAAGUGCAGAGAAAUGCUUAAUGGAGUUUUGGCUCCUUAUUUUCUGAAGAUGAUGACAUCAGAUGAGGGAGAUGAGAAGUUUAGUCUGCUUUUAGAUGUGUCCAAUGAUGGAUAUUUAAGUAAAACAUCAAAUCUGUGUCUCUGUUCUUCAGGUGUGUUUGGUGAUACGGUUACAGAGGAGUCAGUGUCAGUGCUGGAGGGAGAUUCAGUCACUCUAUACACUGGUCUGACUGCUAUAACAGAGGUAGAUCUGAUUCAGUGGAGGUUUGGAUCUGAAAACACUUUACUAGCUGAAAUCAGUGUAAUGGCCGGCACCAUCUCUGUAUUUGAUGAUGUUCUUGAUGAGAGAUUCAGAGACAGACUGAAGCUGGAUCAUCAAACUGGAUCUCUGAUCAUCACAGACACCAGAACUGAACACACUGGAGACUAUCGACUACAGAUCAACAGAGUGAUCAAGAGAUUCAGUCUCACUGUCUAUGCUCAUCUGCCUGUUCCUGUCAUCAGCAGUAACUCUUCACACUGUUCAUCAUCUUCAUCAUCAUCUUCUUCUUCAUCAUCAUCAUCAUCAUCAUCAUCUUAUUGUUCAUUGUUCUGUUCAGUGGUGAAUGUGGGUGAUGUGACUCUCUCCUGGUACAAAGGAAACAGUUUAUUGUCCAGCAUCAGUGUGUCUGAUCUCAGCAUCAGUCUCUCUCUACCUCUGGAGGUGGAAUAUCAGGAGAAAAACAGCUACAGCUGUGUGAUCAACAAUCCCAUCACAAACCAGACCACACAUCUGGACAUCAGCAAACUC